ACUGUACUGCAUGAAAAUCCCAGGAGGGCAGCUGUUUCUGUGAUGCUGGAACCACCACAUCUGGCACCAUCCAUCUGGCACAGUCAAAGUCGCUUAGAUCACACAUCUUGCCCAUUCUAAUAGGGUCCAGGUAGAAAGAGCAGGAUCACCUGUACCCAGCUGUCUGUCUAUGAAGAGUGAAAAAUCAAUGGAUCGUCCAAACAAGUUCAGAGGAGAUUUCACAGGUGAUCAAAGGGUCCAGGUAGAAAGAGCAGGAUCACCUGUACCCAGCUGUCUGUCUAUGAAGAGUGAAAAAUCAAUGGAUCGUCCAAACAAGUUCAGAGGAGAUUUCACAGGGUCCAGGUAGAAAGAGCAGGAUCACCUGUACCCAGCUGUCUGUCUAUGAAGAGUGAAAAAUCAAUGGAUCGUCCAAACAAGUUCAGAGGAGAUUUCACAGGUGAUCAAAGGGUCCAGGUAGAAAGAGCAGGAUCACCUGUACCCAGCUGUCUGUCUAUGAAGAGUGAAAAAUCAAUGGAUCGUCCAAUCAAGUUCAGAGGAGAUUUCACAGGUGAUCAAAGGGUCCAGGUAGAAAGAGCAGGAUCACCUGUACCCAGCUGUCUGUCUAUGAAGAGUGAAAAAUCAAUGGAUCGUCCAAACAAGUUCAGAGGAGAUUUCACAGGUGAUCAAAGGGUCCAGGUAGAAAGAGCAGGAUCACCUGUACCCAGCUGUCUGUCUAUGAAGAGUGAAAAAUCAAUGGAUCGUCCAAACAAGUUCAGAGGAGAUUUCACAGGUGAUCAAAGGAUCCAGCAGUCACUGAAGUCCAGCUCUUUCGAAGAGAAGAGUUCAGAUAAAUUAUCUUAUAAGAUCUCAAAAAAGCCACCCCUCCAGGAGUGGAAUUCCCCCAGAAGACGGCAGUCUCUCCUGCACAAUCUGAAGAAACUGAAGAAGAAGGAGUUGAAACAGUUUCAGAGCCAUCUGAGUCAGGAUUGCCCGGAAUGCCUGAAAAUUCUGUCUGAAGAUCCUUCUAUACUGGAUAAGUUUAUGAAGAUCAAUAAAUUAUUUGAGAGUCAUCAAAUUGCUGAUUACCCAGGAUGCAUUGAGAGAGAACAGGAAGAUUCUGAGGCUGUGUACACAGUUGAGAAGAUGCUGGAUACCUGUGGCAGUAAGAGGUCUCUGAAGAUCACACUCCACAUCCUGAGGAACAUGAAGCGGAAGGAUCUCACCGACUCACUGGAGAGAGAUGAGCUCAGUAAGACCCAGCAGGCACUGAAAACUCAUCUGAAGAGGAAGUUUGAAUGCAUAUUUGAAGGUUUAGCAAAACAGGACCACCCAACCCUCCUCAAUGAGAUCUAUACAGAGCUCUACAUCACAGAGGGGGGAGGUGGGGGGGUCAAUAAUGAACACGAGGUCAGACAGAUUGAGACAGCAUCCAAGAGACAUACCACACAGGAGACUGCAAUCCUCUGCAAUGAUAUCUUUAAGCCUUUACCUGGACAAGAGAAACCCAGAACUGUGCUUACAAAGGGCAUCGCUGGCAUUGGGAAAACCGUCUCUGUGCAGAAGUUCAUUCUGGACUGGGCAGAAGGAAAAGCCAAUCAGGACGUUGAUUUCAUCUUCACCCUUCCUUUCCGAGAUCUGAAUUUGAAGAAGGAAAGAGCAUUCAGUCUGAUGCAACUUCUGCAGCACUACUUUCCACAGCUGAAAGAGAUCAAAAGUGUUGAAGGUGAUGAAGUCAAAGUUUUAUUUAUCUUUGAUGGUCUGGAUGAGUGUCGACUUCCUCUAAAUUUCCGAAGCAAUAAGAAGUGCUGUGAUAUAACAGAGUCAUCAUCAGUGGAUGUGCUGCUGACCAACCUCAUUAAGGGGAAUCUGCUUCCCACUGCUCUCCUCUGGAUCACCUCCCGACCAGCAGCAGCCAAUCAGAUCCCUCCUGAGUGUGUCCACCAGGUGACAGAGGUACGAGGGUUCAAUGACCCACAGAAGGAGGAGUACUUCAGGAAGAGAAUCAGAGAUCAGAACCAGGCCAACAGAAUUAUCUCACACAUAAAGUCAUCCAGGAGUCUCUACAUCAUGUGUCACAUACCAGUCUUCUGCUGCAUUUCUGCUACUGUUCUGGAGGAAAUUUUGGGUAAAACAGAGAGUGGAGAUCUUCCCAAAACACUGACUGAAAUGUACACACACUUCCUGCUCAUUCAGACGAAUGUGAAGAAUCAGAAGUAUCAUGGCACUGAUGAGACAGACCCAAAGAAGAUGUCAGCAUCAGAUACAGAAAUCAUCCUGAAACUGGGGAAGCUGGCUUUUCGACAGCUGGAAAAGGGCAAUCUGAUAUUCUAUAAAAAGGACCUGAAAGAGAGUGGCAUUGAUGUUAAUGAAGCUUCAGUGUAUUCUGGGGUGUGCACAGAGAUCUUUAAAGAGGAGUGUGGGUUGUAUCAGGAGAAGGUCUACUGCUUUGUGCAUCUGAGCAUUCAGGAGUAUCUGGCUGCCUUGUCUGUGUUUCAUUCAUGUGUAAAUGAGAACAGAAAUGUACUCAGAAUCAAAUCAAAACCUCACAGUGACAGAGUGGAGCUGUCUGAGUUACACAGGAGUGCAGUGGAUCAGGCCUUAGAGAGUAAGAAUGGACACCUGGACCUUUUCCUCCGAUUCCUUCUUGGCCUCUCUCUGGACUCCGUUGAGACUUUCUUAAGACACAAAACAAAUCUUAGAGAAAGCAGAUCAGAGAGCAUUGAAAAAACAGUCCAGUACGUUAAGGAGAGGAUCAGAGAGGAAUCUUCGACAGAGAGGACCAUCAAUCUGUUCCACUGUCUCAAUGAACUGAAUGACAACUACCUAGUGCAGGAAAUCCAGAAUUCCCUGAGAUCAGGAACACUUUCUGAUAAAAAGCUGGAACCAGACCAGUGUUCAGCUCUGGCCUUUGUGUUACUGAUGUCAGAGGAGAUCCUGGAUGAGUUUGACUUGAAGACCUACAACACAUCAGCAGCAGGUCAUCAGAGACUGCUACCAGUAAUCAGGAGCUGCAGGAAGGCCAAACUGAACAACUGUGAACUCACACAGAAGUGCUGCAAUAUUGUGGCCUCAGCUCUCCAGUCAUCAAACUCACCCCUGAGAGAUCUGGACCUCAGCUACAAUAACCUGGGAGAUUCAGGAGUGAAGCUGCUCUGUGCUGGACUGAGGAGUCCAAACUGUAAACUGCAGAGACUGGGACUGAACAUCUGUAACCUGACAGAGAAGUCCUGUGAUAUUGUGGCCUCUGCUCUCCAGUCAUCAAACUCACCCCUGAGAGAUCUGGACCUCAGCUACAAUAACCUGGGAGAUUCAGAAAUGGAGCUGCUCUGUGCUGGACUGAAGAGUCCAAACUGUAAACUACAGAGACUGGGGCUGUCAGGCUGUAGAGUCACACAGAGAGGCUGUGAUUCUCUGGCUUCAGCUCUGUGUUCAAACCCCUCACACCUGAGAGAGCUGGACCUGAGAUACAAUCACCCAGGAGACUCAGGAGUGAGAGCGCUGUCUGCUGCUAAACUGGACACACUCACACUGCUUGUGGACCAUGGAGGAGAGAACAGGACCAAACCAGGACCCAGGAAAUACGGCUGUCAGCUCACACUGGAUCCAAACACAGCGCACAGAGAGCUGUCUCUGUCUGAGGGGAACAGGAGGGUGACACACACAUGGGAGAGGGAGCAGCCAUAUCCUGAUCAUCCAGAGAGAUUUGAGUCUCUGCCCCAGGUUGUGUGCAGAGAGAGUGUGUGUGAGCGCUGUUACUGGGAGGCUGAGUUCAGUGUGUCUGAGGAGUGGGGAUGGGUUGAUAUAGCAGUGACAUAUAAAGGAAUCAGCAGGAAAGGAGGGGGUAAUGACUGUAUGUUUGGAUUCAAUAAAAACUCCUGGAGUCUGGAGUGCCUUAAACCCAGUUACUCUGAUAAACUCAGAUACUCUGUCAGGCACAAUAAUAACCGAACACGCAUACCUGCCCCCCCCUCCCCCUACCGCAGAGCAGGAGUGUGUGAUGAUGAUGAUGGUGCUGGUAGAGGAGUGUGUGUGUACAGGGUAGGAGUGUGUGUGGACCGUCCGGCCGGCACUCUGUCCUUCUACAGCGUCUCUGACUCUGACACACUGACCCUCCUGCACAGAUUCCACACACACUUCACUCAACACACACCCCUCUGUGCUGGAUUUACAGUGUGGAACUCCUCAGUGUCCCUCUGCUAA